AUGCUCAGGCACGGAGAAUCACAGGGGAUUCAAGCACAGGGGAUUCAAGCACAGGGGAUUCAAGCACAGGGGAUUCAAGCACAGGGGAUUCAAGCACAGGGGAUUCAAGCACAGGGGAUUCAAGCACAGGGGAUUCAAGCACAGGGGAUUCAAGCACAGGGGAUUCAAGCACAGGGGAUUCAAGCACAGGGGAUUCAAGCACAGGGGAUUCAAGCACAGGGGAUUCAAGCACAGGGGAUUCAAGCACAGGGGAUUCAAGCACAGGGGAUUCAAGCACAGGGGAUUCAAGCACAGGGGAUUCAAGCACAGGGGAUUCAAGCACAGGGGAUUCAAGCACAGGGGAUUCAAGCACAGGGGAUUCAAGCACAGGGGAUUCAAGCACAGGGGAUUCAAGCACAGGGGAUUCAAGCACAGGGGAUUCAAGCACAGGGGAUUCAAGCACAGGGGAUUCAAGCACAGGGGAUUCAAGCACAGGGGAUUCAAGCACAGGGGAUUCAAGCACAGGGGAUUCAAGCACAGGGGAUUCAAGCACAGGGGAUUCAAGCACAGGGGAUUCAAGCACAGGGGAUUCAAGCACAGGGGAUUCAAGCACAGGGGAUUCAAGCACAGGGGAUUCAAGCACAGGGGAUUCAAGCACAGGGGAUUCAAGCACAGGGGAUUCAAGCACAGGGGAUUCAAGCACAGGGGAUUCAAGCACAGGGGAUUCAAGCACAGGGGAUUCAAGCACAGGGGAUUCAAGCACAGGGGAUUCAAGCACAGGGGAUUCAAGCACAGGGGAUUCAAGCACAGGGGAUUCAAGCACAGGGGAUUCAAGCACAGGGGAUUCAAGCACAGGGGAUUCGAGCACAGGGGAUUCGAGCACAGGGGAUUCAAGCACAGGGGAUUCGAGCACAGGGGAUUCGAGCACAGGGGAUUCAAGCACAGGGGAUUCAAGCACAGGGGAUUCAAGCACAGGGGAUUCAAGCACAGGGGAUUCAAGCACAGGGGAUUCAAGCACAGGGGAUUCAAGCACAGGGGAUUCAAGCACAGGGGAUUCAAGCACAGGGGAUUCAAGCACAGGGGAUUCAAGCACAGGGGAUUCAAGCACAGGGGAUUCAAGCACAGGGGAUUCAGGCACAGGGGAUUCAAGCACAGGGGAUUCAAGCACAGGGGAUUCAAGCACAGGGGAUUCAAGCACAGGGGAUUCAAGCACAGGGGAUUCAAGCACAGGGGAUUCAAGCACAGGGGAUUCAAGCACAGGGGAUUCAAGCACAGGGGAUUCAAGCACAGGGGAUUCAAGCACAGGGGAUUCAAGCACAGGGGAUUCAAGCACAGGGGAUUCAAGCACAGGGGAUUCAAGCACAGGGGAUUCAAGCACAGGGGAUUCAAGCACAGGGGAUUCAAGCACAGGGGAUUCAAGCACAGGGGAUUCGAGCACAGGGGAUUCGAGCACAGGGGAUUCGAGCACAGGGGAUUCGAGCACAGGGGAUUCGAGCACAGGGGAUUCGAGCACAGGGGAUUCGAGCACAGGGGAUUCGAGCACAGGGGAUUCGAGCACAGGGGAUUCGAGCACAGGGGAUUCGAGCACAGGGGAUUCAAGCACAGGGGAUUCAAUCACAGGGGAUUCAAGCACAGGGGAUUCAAGCACAGGGGAUUCAAGCACAGGGGAUUCAAGCACAGGGGAUUCAAGCACAGGGGAUUCAAGCACAGGGGAUUCAAGCACAGGGGAUUCAAGCACAGGGGAUUCAAGCACAGGGGAUUCAAGCACAGGGGAUUCAAGCACAGGGGAUUCAAGCACAGGGGAUUCAAGCACAGGGGAUUCAAGCACAGGGGAUUCAAGCACAGGGGAUUCAAGCACAGGGGAUUCAAGCACAGGGGAUUCAAGCACAGGGGAUUCAAGCACAGGGGAUUCAAGCACAGGGGACUCAAGCACAGGGGACUCAAGCACAGGGGACUCAAGCACAGGGGACUCAAGCACAGGGGAUUCAAGCACAGGGGAUUCAAGCACAGGGGAUUCAAGCACAGGGGAUUCAAGCACAGGGGAUUCAAGCACAGGGGAUUCAAGCACAGGGGAUUCAAGCACAGGGGAUUCAAGCACAGGGGAUUCAAGCACAGGGGAUUCAAGCACAGGGGAUUCAAGCACAGGGGAUUCAAGCACAGGGGAUUCAAGCACAGGGGAUUCAAGCACAGGGGAUUCAAGCACAGGGGACUCAAGCACAGGGGACUCAAGCACAGGGGAUUCAAGCACAGGGGAUUCAAGCACAGGGGAUUCAAGCACAGGGGAUUCAAGCACAGGGGAUUCAAGCACAGGGGAUUCAAGCACAGGGGAUUCAAGCACAGGGGAUUCAAGCACAGGGGAUUCAAGCACAGGGGAUUCAAGCACAGGGGAUUCAAGCACAGGGGAUUCAAGCACAGGGGAUUCAAGCACAGGGGACUCAAGCACAGGGGAUUCAAGCACAGGGGAUUCAAGCACAGGGGAUUCAAGCACAGGGGAUUCAAGCACAGGGGAUUCAAGCACAGGGGAUUCAAGCACAGGGGAUUCAAGCACAGGGGAUUCAAGCACAGGGGAUUCAAGCACAGGGGAUUCAAGCACAGGGGAUUCAAGCACAGGGGAUUCAAGCACAGGGGAUUCAAGCACAGGGGAUUCAAGCACAGGGGAUUCAAGCACAGGGGAUUCAAGCACAGGGGAUUCAAGCACAGGGGAUUCAGGCACAGGGGAUUCAAGCACAGGGGAUUCAAGCACAGGGGAUUCAUGGAUUUCACGCGCAGGGCAUUCAGGUGGAGGGCAUUUACCCUCCUGUGGGUCAACCCUGA